AUACCAGUCGGUGGCGGUAAUGCACCAAUUUGAUUGCCUGCCAACCGACAACAACCGUCAAAGAAGAAGAAGAAGAUGUCAGCAUCGCAGCAAAUCCAUUACUGAAGACUGAUUUCUGUUUUCAAAGGAUGGAGAACUACAGGGAUGAAAACAACUCUUCUACAGUCACUGUCAACAAUGCCAAACAUCCUCUUACACGUCGAGGAGUUUUAUCAACAAUAACCAAGCACUCUUUUCUGUUGUUGAUGUGUUUGGGGGCGUUAAAUGUCGUGCUGGCUGUAAAAGUCAUUUACAUGGUGAUGAUUGCGGCCAUGCAGCAAAAAUAUAUCAACAACCUUACAACUGAAAAACAUCAACUGGUUGAUCAACAAAAGAUGAUGGAGAACCAGAUCGGGAUCCUGGUCAAACAGAAAAACGCGAUCUGGAUCAGAGAAGGAAUCACUCAAGAAAAACUGGAACUGGACAAAGCUUUAAAGCAGCUGCAAAAAGACUUAGAGAAAAUGGAACGAGACAAAGAGAAACUGAAACGAGACAUAGAUGUGAUGAGACAAGACAAAGAGGAGCUGAGGCGAGACAGAGAGAAGCUGGCCCAAGACAAAGAGACACUGAGGCGAGACAGAGAGAAGCUGGCCCAAGACAAAGAGGAGCUGAGGCGAGACACAGAUGAACUGAACCGAGAGAAAGAGGAGCUGAAUCAAAAGAUAAUAAAGUAUAACAAAGACAAAGAGGAACUGAGCCAGGAGAAAGAGGAGGUGAUGCAGAAGACAGAGAAGCUGAACAAAGAGAAACAGGAGCUGAUCAAAGAGAAAGAGAAACUGAAUGAAGACAUAGAGAAUUUGAAGAAGGAGAAAGAGGAGCUGAAAAAAGACCAUGAGGAGCUGAGAAAACACCAAGAACAGCUGAAAAAAGAAACAGAGGCCUUCGAAAGAGAGCGAGAGGAGUUGUAUAAAUCAAAAGAGAUGAGAAAUAUUAUAGAGCCGCUGAUGAAAGAGGAAAAGGAACUGAAAAAAUUAAUAGAGGAGUUGAACAAAGACAAAGACGAGCUUAUCAAUGAAAAAGAACAACUGAGUAAAGACAAAGAGGAGCUUAUCAAAGAGACAGAUGAGCUGAGCAAAUCGACAAAUGAGCUGAGCACACAGACAGCAGAGCUGAACAAGGAGGCAGAUGUGAUGAACAAAGAGAAAGAGGAGCUGAGCAAAGCAAAAGAGGAGCUGAAAACAGAGACAGAGAAGGUGAGGAGAAAGGAAGCUGAGCUGAGGAAAGAGAAAGAGGAUCUGAGCAAACCGGAAGCUGAGCUGAUUAAAGAGAAAGAGGAGCUGAGGGAAAAGGAAGAGGAGCUCAGAAAAACGGAAGAUGAGCUGACUAAAGAGAAAGAAGGGCUCAACGAACAAAAGGAGGAGCUGACCAAAGAGAACGAAGAGCUGAACAAACAGGAAGUGGCCCUGAACAAAGAGAAAGAGGACCUGGACAAAAAAAGAGAGGAGCUGAAGAAAAAAAGAGAGGAGCUGGACAGAGAAAUAAUAGAGAGGGAUAAAUUGAAAGAGAAGCUGAAAGAAUUAAAAGAUGAGGCAAUGUGGCGAUGCAAGGAGAGCUAUUACCUACAAAAGCUCUAUUAUUUCGUCCUGGAUCAUGCAUAUUUUCCAGUUGAAGAAUUCUGUCCUCUAAACAUGAGACCACAAUGUCUGCUUUGCAGGAUGAGAUGGGUUCCCUUCAGAACUUUCUGCUACUUAUUUUAUGAUGCCGAUACUCGUGGGAGAACCUGGAAUAAUUGUCGACAGUACUGUCUGGAUAAUGCUGCAGACUUGGUUAUAGUUCACGAUGAGGCCGAGCAGAUAUUUAUCAGCAAGCACGUCAAAUACUACAGUUAUGGGCAUGGAUACUGGAUAGGGUUAGUGCUAGAAAAAGGCACGUGGCGCUGGAUUAAUGGACGUACGAACACCCUUGACUUCUGGAGAAAGGAAAAUGGCCAUCAUUUGGGAGAAGGAGCAUUGCAUAUUCCAACAUAUACAUUCGAAAAGAGCUGGGUAUCAGCAGAGUUCGCGAUGUUCAACAGAUUCAUCUGUAAGACUGCGAAGGUUGAUUGGUAUAAUUAACACUGUUCUAAAGUUUCAAUGAGGAAUACUCAACUGUUUCUUCGGUUUUUGGUAAAUCUCAUAAAUAAAAACACAAUCUCA